AUGCCUAUGAAAAAGAAGAAGCAGGCGGCAGAAACAGCGGAUACUGUGUCUACAGUCAUGGACGACAGAAUAUCGCAACUGCCAAUACCUAUACUUCACCACAUACUCUGUUCCCUCUCCCAAAUACAAGCUGUGAGAACUUGUGUACUCUCCAAACAAUGGCGCUACAUAGGAUUAACCCGCCCCAACCUCGAGUUUUAUCAAGGUUGGUUCAAUUAUUACAAAACGCAACGAAACCUUGUCUCCGAGUCUUCCGAAAAAUUGUUCAACACUACACAACAAAACUUUGUCUCGGUAUUAAACCGAAUCCUACAAGGAUACAUUGAUCAAAACCUCCCCAUACACAAACUCCGUCUCCACAUAUGGAACCCCGGCGCACAACUGCUCAUCUCCUUUCUCGACCAAUGGAUUGCAGAUUGCAACAUAAAAGUGUUCAAACUAAGCCUUUCUUUUACUUACGACCAGCCCUGGGCAUUCUUCUUUUCGGAGUCCCUCGAAGAACUACACCUGCGCGAAUGCAAGCUGAGCCCAGUCGAGAGUGUUCGGUUCAAAAGUCUGCGCACGCUCACCCUCGAACGGGUCCAAGUUGAUUGUGGGACUUUCGAGACAAAAACCUUGGGAUGCCCUUUGCUCACGCGUCUGGUCCUUAAUAAUUGUCUGGAGUUGAGAAACGUUAGGUUGAGCGAGGCGCCUGGGCUCAAGCACUUUGAAUUGUUUGAUUACGAGAGGAGGGAAGGGGGUAGCAUCGAAAUCGAUGUCCCGAAUCUCGAGACGGUCCGCAUCAGGGGCCCAUGGAUUUGGUCUGACCUUGAAAGCACAUUCAUGUUCUCUCGUCUCACGAGUUUGCAUCUUUGUAAUGUGAUCCUGUCGAGCGAGUCCAUCGACCUGUUACCGUUCGGCUGUCCGACUCUUGAGAGCUUGGCCCUAGAUAAUUGCUCCGGUUUCGAGGAAUUCCAUUUUGCAAGUGAUUCGGUCAAGCGGUUGACCAUCUCGACAACCGAAAUAUUGCUUAAAGGAGUUACGAUUUGUGCCCCCAACAUUCUCAAUUUUAUGAUCAUUGCCCCCCAGGUGCUGGACACAUUCUCUAUCACGGCCACUACUUCCAAGGAGUGGGAUUCAAAUGUAAUCCUCAAUUUGUGUGAUGAUGAUGAUCCCGAUAAUUCGUGGUUCCUUAACCUGAGACGAAUGCUCAAGCCACUAAGUGGGUCUCGGAUUGAUCUGAUUCUGCAGAUGUACCGACAGGACGUGCAAUGUGGUGCCGUUGAUGGCAGUCGUGUUCUCAGUGACGAGCCGCCUUUGGUGGUGGAGAACUUGGAAUUUAGAAAUUGUAAAUGUCACACAGAAUCUUGGUACUCGGACUUUACAAAUGAUUUGUUUCGUGUUUGUCGACCGAGGCACGUAUGGGGUCAUAGGCUCCUUUGCUUGUCGGAGGAGGCAAGGCACCAGAGCCUCUCAAAGUUUCAGUUCAACAUGUUGCUUGCAAACAUGAGCCUCGGGACCUUUUGGCGGCACGAUGUGGAGCAAGUGCACGUGAAAAUCGUCAAUGGGAAAAAAUGGCAGCUCGUGCAGUGGACGGACCUUUCAGAAUUGCAAAACAGGGAGUGUCACGGGGUACCAUGCGUUAAGUUGAAAUGGAGUCAGGUCAGGUUCGAAGCCUACGCCUAUUUGGUAUGCUGUGAUAGUGUUAUGAAGUCAGGUCAGGUUCGGUCAAGUGUUUGA